AUGAGCGGGGAUCGUAUUACGCUGCCGUCGCCGGCCGAUUUCCAUGUGCACCUGCGCCAAGGAGAGAUGAGUGCGCUGGUCACGCCGCAUGUGGCCCUAGGCGGUAUUGACCUCGCAUACGUGAUGCCGAACCUUGUUCCGCCGCUGACGUCGGCGGAGCAGACCGUCGAGUACAUGGCCACGCUGCAGAAGCUUGCACCGAACACGCGUUUCCUCGGCACGAUGUACCUCGGUCCUGAGCUGACUCCUGACGAGAUCAAGCGUGCGGCGGCUGCCGGUGUGCGUGGCGUGAAGAGCUACCCCCGCGGCGUGACGACCAACAGCGACAGCGGCAUCGAGGACUACGAGGUGUACUACCCCGUCUUUGCCGCGAUGGAGGAGGCGAACAUGGUGCUGAACCUGCAUGGCGAGGUGCCUUCUGACGCCGACAAGGGCAUCUGUGUGCUGAAUGCCGAGCCCAUGUUCCUCUCGCACCUGGAAAAGAUCCACAAGCAGUUCCCCAAGCUGCGCAUCGUCCUGGAGCACGCCACGACGCGCGCCGCGGUCGAGUGUGUGCGCCGCUGUGGCGACACGGUCGCGUGCACCAUCACGCCCCACCACCUUGAUCUGAUCGUCGACGACUGGGCGGGCAAGCCGAUCAAUUUCUGCAAGCCCGUCGCAAAGCUGCCCGACGACCGUGCGGCGCUGCGCGAGGUGAUCCGCGAGGGCCACCCCCGCUUCUUCCUUGGCUCGGACUCGGCGCCGCACCCGCUUGCGAACAAGUACCCGUCGACCGCCUCGCGCGGUGCGACCGAGGCGUUUGUGCACAACUGCGGCUGCGCGGCGGGUAUCUACACCUCGCCGAUCCUCGUGCCGCUCUGCGCGACGCUCCUCGAGUCAUUCGGCGCGCUGGACCAGCUGUCCAAGUACGUCUCGGAGAACGGCCGGAAGUUUUACCAGGAGCCCGCCGAGGAGGGGCGCCAGAUUGUCCUGCGCCGCGCCAAGGCGACGGUGCCUGCAGCGUACGUGCACGAGAACCACACCUCGCGCACCGACGGCGACGGAGAGAAACUGCAGGUCGUGCCUUUCUUUGCGGGCAAGGAGCUCACGUGGGAGAUCCAGGCAUAG